AUGACUAAUUCAAGUCUGGUAUCCAAUAUCUAUGAGGAUGCUGACUCAGCACUUUAUGACGACUUCUUUAAUAGCUCAAUGUACAACCCAGAAUGGAUCCAUGAACUGAUCUUCAACUAUCAUUUUAUACUAAUUGUUGCCUUCAUUAUCUUCAUCUUCGCAUUUCUAACCUGCCUUUUUGGAAUUGUGGGGAACGGAGUCGUCAUCUGGCUUCUUGGCUUCUGCAUGAAGAGGAAUCCCUUCACGACCUACAUCCUGAACUUGGCUAUUGCUGAUAUUGGAGUCCUCAUAUGCAGCAUUUUGGGAUCUAUAAUUAUCAGCAUAGCCCUUUGUAGUGACAUGCAUCCCUUUUCUCCCUUGGGAUUUUACAUAUUCGCUUGUGCAUACUCAUUACUCUAUAUCACUGAUCAACUUCUGCUGACAGCCAUCAGCGUCGACAGGUGCGUGGCUGUCCUCUUCCCAGUUUGGCAUCGAUGCCACCGGCCACCACGCUUGUCCGGUAUUGUGUGUGUCUUCAUAUGGGUCCUCUCCUUCCUGCUUAGUGGAUCGGACAUGCUUCUCACACUUGCAAAUCAAUCCAUGCUCCUUGAAUUUGUUGUGAACGUUGCAAUUUGUACUCCGCUCAUGGCUGUCUCCACUGUCGUCUUGUUUGUUAAAAUAUGCACUAAAUCCCAGCAACGUAAACGGGGAAAGCUUUUAAUGGUAAUUUUCCUUGCCCUCUUCCUUUUUCUUAUGUUUGGUUCUCCUGUGAAUUACUGUUAUGUCCUCACUUACUAUUACAUUUUGGAUGACACCGAAGGAACGUCACUGUUCCAUGUACGUAUGAUUAUAAUUCCUGCAAUGGCCGCUUUUGCAUGUACGGUUCUCAACUGCAGUGUUAACCCAUUGAUAUAUUUCUUAGUGGGGAGAAAGAAGAAGGGUCGAUUUAGGCUUUCCAUGAAAGUCGCCUUCCAGAGGGUUUUUAAGGAGGAAGAAAACUGCAGAGGGCAAGAAGGACUCCAAGCUGAAACCGAGUUCUGA